GUAUCGACAAAGCCUUUCAGGCAGUCGGUCGGCUAACAUUUGUAAAAUAACUUUCGUUUAGAAUAAGACAAAAUGCUAAAAUUAAUUAUAUUUCUGGCGUGUUUUGGUGCUAUUUUUGCAGAAGAUUUUUGGAUAGUGAAGCCCGGUCCAAAAUAUCCACCCACUAAGGGUGAAGUUUGGCCAAAACCACAAUAUCAGAUUAAGAAAAAUAAAUUUUAUACAUUCAACCCUUCACAAUUUAAAGUUAAGAGUACUGAUCAAACAUGCAGUACAUUAACAAGCGCAAUCGAAAGGUACUCUUACGUUAUAUCGAGUAAAAUCGGAAGGAGAAACAAAAGAAAAGUACGAGCCCACCGAAGACACAUAUCAGAUGAAGGGCUUUACAGAGGGCAUUUAAAUGAGCUAGAAAUAACAUUAACAGAACCUUGCGAGGAUUACCCACAUCUGAACAUGGAUGAAAGCUAUAAUCUUACCGUGUCCGCGACGUCAAGGCUGUCAAGCUCGUCAGUAUGGGGAGUGAUACGAGGCCUCGAAACAUUCGCACAACUGUUUUAUCUAUCCGAUGAUCGAAAUGAAAUACGUAUAAACGCGACUCAGAUUUAUGAUUUCCCGCGAUACAAACAUAGAGGAUUAUUACUAGACACAUCUCGACACUAUAUUUCUGUAACGAAUAUUCUUAAGACUUUAGAUGCAAUGACGAUGAAUAAAAUGAACGUUUUGCAUUGGCAUAUAGUUGACGAUCAAAGUUUUCCUUAUAAAAGUGAGAAAUUUCCCGAAUUAAGUAAUAGUGGUGCUUAUGACUCAUCGAUGGUUUAUACUAAGGAAGAUAUUGAGAGAAUUAUAAAAUAUGCGAAGAAUCGGGGUAUAAGAGUAGUACCAGAGUUUGACGUCCCUGGUCAUACGGCUUCAUGGGGUAGUUCGCAUCCAAGCUUACUGACGGAGUGCUAUCAAGGAAAUAAAGUUGUCGGUUUGGGUCCGAUGAACCCAACGAAGAAUACAACUUAUAAACUUCUUCGAGACCUUUUCCAAGAAGUUCAGACAUGGUUCCCAGACAGGUACUUCCAUGUUGGUGGCGACGAAGUUGCAUUAGAUUGUUGGAAGUCAAAUCCAGAAUUACAAGACUAUAUGAGAAAUAAUAAUUUAACGGUCGCGGACUUACAUGCGUUGUUUAUGAGAAAUGUAAUUCCACUCUUGGCAAAUAAUUCUAAACCCAUUGUUUGGCAGGAAGUAUUCGACGAAGGAGUUAGUCUAACAAAAAAUACUCUCAUCCAAGUUUGGAAAUAUAAUUGGAUCAGUGAAAUGAUUAACAUACUCGAGGCGGGCCAUGAACUUCUAUUCUCUUCCACUUGGUAUCUAGAUGCAAUCAAGUCGGAGUGGCCUGAUUACUAUUUACCUGACCCUCGUAAAAUGGUGUACGAUAUCACCCAAAAUAAGACUUUACUGUCGGGUAUAGUCGGAGGCGAGGCCUGUAUGUGGGGGGAGAUGGUGGACGACCGAAAUGUUAUCAACAGGGUAUGGCCACGAGCUAGUGCAGUCGCUGAAAGACUAUGGAGCGCCCUGGACGACAAUAUGACAUACAAGUCGGAAAUUCCAUCUGAAACAUACUAUCGUAUUGAGGAGCACACGUGUCGGAUGAUACAACGAGGCAUAGACGCUCAACCUCCCACUGGUCCUGGAUUCUGUAUCGUCUAAUCAAGCUAAAUAAAAAAAAACUUUUUGA